CCAAAGCGAAGUCGCGGGGUGCGGGCGCGCGUCGCUCAGUGGAGAACCCCAGCGGCGGAGGGUUUAAGAGAGAGGAAUUGUCAGGACCCAAGAACGCCCGAAGGACGCAGGAUGCCUUCGGGUUCCAGCGAGGCCUUGCCAAGGAGCUGGGCCUAGAGUAGCUGUUUCAAGCACUUCACAUAUUUAAUCUCCACAGCAACUCAUUUAAUCCUGACAACAACCCAAUGAGGUUGCCAGCAUACCUCAAGGCUCUCUCUGACUGAGCCUGAGUCAGGCCCCUCCAGCUGCUUGAAAGAUGAGCUCCCGCACCAUCGUGUUGCAGCUGCUGCUGUUUGGGCCACUUCUCUUUGGGCCCACCCGGAGCUACAACCUGGAUGUGCAGCACGUGCAGAACUUCUCCAUGCCACAGGCUGGCAGGCACUUUGGGUACCGCGUCCUGCAGGUUGGAACAGGGGUUGUCGUGGGAGCACCAGGUGAGGGCAAUAACACGGGAAACCUCUAUCAGUGCCAGCCAGGCACUGGAAGCUGCGAGCCGGUCAGCCUGAGAGGUUCCAACGACACCUCCAAGUAUUUGGGAAUGACCUUGGCAACAGACUCUAAAAGUGGAAACCUUUUGGCCUGUGACCCUGGGCUGACUCGGAUAUGUGACCAGAAUAUUUAUCUAAGUGGCCAAUGUUACCUCUUUCGCGAGAAUCUGAGGGAUCCUGUGCUGCGGGGGACCCCUGGAUAUCAGGAAUGUAUCAAGGGCAACGUAGACCUGGUGUUUCUGUUUGAUGGCUCACGCAGCUUGCAGAAAGAUGAAUUUCAGAAAAUUCUGGACUUCAUGAAGGAUGUGAUGAGGAAAUUUGCCAAUUCUUCCUACCAGUUUGCUGCAGUUCAGUUUUCUACAACCCAACGAACAGAGUUUAACUUCUUGGACUAUGUUAAACGGAAGGAUCCUGAUACUCUGCUAGCCAAUGUAAAGCACAUGGCCCAAUUAACCAAUACCUUUGGGGCCAUCAACUAUGUCGCGACAGAGGUAUUCCGGGAAGACCUAGGGGCCCGGCUGGAUGCUACCAAAGUGCUCAUCAUCAUCACUGAUGGGGAAGCCACUGAUCGUGGCAACAUUGACAAGGCCAAAGACAUCGUCCGCUACAUCAUUGGGGUUGGCAAGUACUUUCAGGCCCCGAGUAGUCAAGAGACACUCCACAUUUUUGCUUCAAAACCUACAUGGGAAUUUGUAAAAAUUCUGGACACAUUUGAGAAACUUAAAGACUUGUUCACUGAGCUGCAAAAGAAGAUCUAUGCCAUUGAAGGCACAAGCAAGCAGGUCCUGGCGUCCUUCAACAUGGAGCUGUCCUCCAGCGGGAUCAGUGCUGACCUCAGCGAGGGCCAUGGUGUUGUGGGGGCAGUUGGAGCCAAGGACUGGGCCGGGGGCGUUAUAGACUUAAAGGAGGAUCUGCAGGAUGCUGCAUUUGUUGGGAAUGAACCACUGACACCAGAAGUGAAAGAGGGAUAUUUGGGUUACACGGUCGCCUGGCUGCCCUCUCGAAAAUUCACAUCACUGCUGGCAGCUGGAGCCCCCCGAUACCAGCAUGUGGGGCGGGUGCUGCUGUUCCAAAAGACUGAGAGCAAAGGAAACUGGAGCCAAAUCCAGAAACUAGAUGGGGUCCAGAUUGGCUCUUAUUUUGGUGGUGAGCUGUGUGCCAUUGACAUGGACCAAGAUGGAGAGACAGAGCUACUGUUGAUUGCAGCCCCCCUGUUCUAUGGAGGCCAGAGAGGAGGCCGGGUGUUUAUGUACCAGAGAAAAAAGCUGGAGUUUGAAGAGGUCUCAGAACUGCAGGGGGAUCCUGGCUACCCCCUGGGGCGAUUUGGAGCGGCCAUCACUGCCCUGAGCGACAUCAAUGGAGACGGGCUGGUGGACGUGGCUGUGGGAGCCCCGCUGGAGGAGCAGGGGGCUGUGUACAUCUUCAACGGGCAGCAAGUGGGUCUGAACCCCCGGCCGAGCCAGCGGAUAAAAGCGACCCAGGUGUUCCCAGGAAUUCAAUGGUUUGGACGCUCCAUCCACGGGGUGAAGGACCUUGGAGGGGAUGGCCUGGCAGAAGUGGCUAUUGGGGCUGAGGGCCAGGUUAUCGUGCUAAGCUCGCGGCCUGUGGUGGACGUCAUCACACAGAUAUCCUCCUCCCCGGCCGAGAUCCCAGUGCACGAAGUGGAGUGCUCCCAUUCAACCAGUGAUGAGGAGAAAGAGAAGGAAGGAGUUACCAUCUCAGUCUGUUUCCAGGUCAAGUCUCUCAUCCCCCAUUUCCAAGGGCCCCUGACUACCAACCUCCACUACACUCUGCAGCUGGAUGGCCAUCGGACCCGAAGCCGGGGCUUAUUCUCAAAUGGAAGACAUGAGCUCAGCAGGGACUCAGUGAUCACCCCACAAUUGUCCUGCGAAAACUUCAGGCUCCACUUCCCGGUGUGCAUUCAGGACCUCAUCUCUCCCAUCAGCGUCUCCCUAAAUUUCUCUCUCCAGGAGGAAGAAGGGACAUCGAGGGAACAAUGGACGCAGGGUAUGGACAUGCAGCCCAUCCUGAGACCCUCAGCACACUUGGAGACCAAGGAGAUCCCAUUUGAGAAGAACUGUGGAGAGGACAAGAAAUGUGAGGCAAACCUGGCGCUGUCCUCCCCUGAAAGCUCCAAAGUCCUACGCCUGACCCCCUCUGCCAGCCUCUCCGUGGGGCUGACGCUGAGUAACUUGGGAGAAGACGCUUACUGGGUCCAACUGGGCAUGAGCUUCCCCCAGGGACUCUCCUUUCGAAAAGUGGAGCUGCUCAAGCCCCACAGCCAGAUACCUGUGAGUUGUGAGGAGCUUCUUGGCAAGUCUGAGCUCCCCACCAAGACCCUCUCUUGCAACGUGAGCUCCCCCAUCUUUAAAGCAGGCCUCUUGGUUAAUAUCCAGGUGAUGUUUUAUACACUGCUGAACAGCUCCUGGGGGGACUUCGCUGAGCUGCACGCCAACGUGAGCUGUGAAAAUGAGGACUCCGGCCUCCUGAAGGACAACUCAGCCAGCACCAGCAUCCGGGUCAUGUACCCCCUCAACAUCGUCACGGAGGACCAGGAGGACUCUACACAGUACAUCAGCUUCACCAGCGACGGUCCCAAGAGCCAACACUUCAAGCACAUCUACCAGGUAGGGAUUCAGCCCUCUGACCAGGACCACAACUUGCCCGCCCUGGAGGCCUUGGUUGGGGUAUCACAGCAUCACGUCAAUGGACCCCUCAAAUACACAUGGGAUGUGCAAUUGGAGCCGCCUGUCAUCUGCAAUCACAAGGACCUGGGGACUCUGCCUGGUGAGACUAAGCCUUGUCAGCCCGUGGCUCAGCGCCUCUGCACAGUUGAUUUUAAGCAGGAGUUCCUCGUGAAAGUGAUGGGGACCGUGGAGCUGGUGGGGGAGAUCGAGGCCGCCUCCAUGUUCAGCCUCUGCAGCUCCCUCUCCAUCUCCUUCAACAGCCGCAAGCAUUUCCACCUCUAUGGCAGCAAUGCCUCCCUGGCCCAGGUCAUCACAAAAGUCGAAGUCGUGUUUAAGAAGCCAAUGCUCUAUAUCUAUGUGCUGAGUGGCGUCGGGGGGCUGUUGCUGCUGCUGCUGAUUUUCAUGGGGCUCCAGAAGGUUGGCUUCUUCAAACGGGAUCUGAAAGAGAAGAUGGAGGCUAAUUUAGAUGCCCCCAAUGGAAUCCCUGGAGGAGACUCUGGACAGCCGGCAUCUGAGGAGGCGGUGGAGUCCCUCCUCAGGGAGAAGGCCCAGGAGAAAGAUGGCAAAGACUCAGACCAGGCCUGACACAGAGGACCCAGGACUACACUCUGCCUGCAUCUUAUCGUGUGUCCUUGGGCAAGUCACUGCCCCUCCCUAGGCCUCAGUUUCCCUGUCUUGAACAUGGAGCCCAUUCCUCCCUGCCUUGUUUGUGAGACUCCACUGAGGGACAGGCCAGGAAGCCUACAGAGGUGAGGCCUUGCGCUUAUCAGAUGGUCCUGGCUUCCACCAGCUCCUCUUAGUUUCCUCCCCUGGAAGAGAAUUUGGAGAAACUGUAGUCUCAGGGCCUAGGGCCAUCCCUGUCCCUCACAGACACCUGCCCAUGGAUGUCCACAGAGGCCUCAGAGGCCUGUGGAUGUCCCAGAACCUUGCCCUGCAUUCUUUCCUGCCUGGAGUCCAUCCUGCUUGCCAAUAGCAAAUCCAAUCUCUGUUUUUCACAUUACUGUUGCAAACCCCUUGCUCUUUGGCUAACGGCCAAAGGCCCUCACGUGCCUUUCAGAACCUGCAGAAUAGCACAAAGAUGCUAUCCCUGUCUCCCCUCCUGAGCUCCAGUGGCACCAGCCUUUCCACUGCCUAAGCUCUUUUGGUUUCACUGCUUCUCCCAGACAGCUCCCUCUGCCUGGAACAUUCCUCCCCGUCCUUCCGGCUCACUCUCACUCAGCCUUACCUCAGUGCACACACUCCGUGGAGUCCUCAUAGACACACUCACACUAGCCUGCACUCGUGUCGGGGCUGAGCAGCUGGUGAACCUGAAUUCAAGCCUAGGGGUCAAUGAGUAACCAAGUCACGUGAGCUGGUGUUCCGCGUGAUCCUGGGGAAGACUCGUGCCCUUUCUGGCUUUGGCUGCCCCAUCUCAGAAACUGUCAUAAAAGGGGGGUGGGGGCGAGCAGCUUGCUCUCUUAGCACUGGUCGGGCUUGUUCCUUGUGGAGUGAUUUACUUCGCAUCUGCUUGAGCAUUAGACAGUGAACGCCAUGAGGGGAGGGACCAUAACCUGCCUUGUUCACCUUGGCUUCCUGGUGAUAGCAGAGUCGGACACACGGGCGGGACUUGACGCGCUCUCGCUGAGUUAGUGACAGAGUCUGUGGGAAGAGGUGGGAAAAGGCUCCGCUGGGCCCGGGCAUUGGCCCUUCAAGGCUCUGCCUUUCCCAGUGGCCGGCCCCCUGGCUCCACAGCCCCACCGCGACUCCAGCGCACCCCCGCCGUGGCACGGGGCUCCAGGGUGGGCGCCACGUCUGUUAUCUGGGUUCUCAGUUCUAAGAACAGUGUCUGCAUAUAUUUACCUGAUAAAUGUGAAAUUUUGUCCAGUUUGUUACGUCUUUGCGCUGGGGCAACAUUCCAAGUGAGUGUUUCCUUCUCACUGCUCUCACUGAAGGGGCCCAAAGGGUCAGGUCUC